GCCAACAGCGCGCUGGCUGUUUGGCGAGCUGCGCGCGGCUGGCUGCGCCACCCCGAAGGGAGAGCUCUUCGCCCACCAGUUUGAAAGUUGCGGGGCGGCUCGCGCGGGGCUCCUCUUGACCGUUCUGCAUCGGCCGAUUUCUCUUUGUGUCAGACCCCGCGCCCCGCCGUCCGAAGGGCCCCGGGCUUCCGCCGGGGUGCGCGGGAGGAGCAGGUGUCGUCGAACGCGUGCCGCGCGACGCUGGAGACCAUGGUGAUCUGCGGAGGGGGCCACAUGACGGACGACGACGACCGUCGGCUGCUCCGGAGCACGGAACAGCUGAAUCAGCAGAAGCAAGGCACUGCUUUUCAACAUGUCCGGGAAAACAUUGAGGACCUCAAUGGACGUGUUGGAGCUCGUGACACAGACCUCAUCUUCCUCAAGGGCCUCAUGGAAUCUCCGGUUAUGAGCUGCUUAGUGCAGGUUCAAGAUCAUCUAGAGGUGAAAAAUGGAUCCUUCAAGCCAGUCUCAACAAACAAUGUGGAACUCCUGAGGGACGUUUGCAAGUCCUGCCGUCGUGUCAACGGCCGUGAUGCUCAAGAGCUGGCAAACAUUCUCAGUGAUCCUCAUUUUUCGGCUUUGCUAAAUGCCCACGAUUCUGUUGCCACCAAGAGCUAUGAACCCCCUGAGCCGUUGCCACCAAAGCCUGAGCUGCCGCCCCACCCACCUGAUACUCUCAACGACACCAUCAGGAUGGUGGGCAUCAGAAAGAAUGAAGAUGAACCCCUGGGAAUAACAGUGCGAGUGGAGGAUGACAACUUACUCAUCGCUCGCAUUCUGGCUGGUGGGAUCAUCGAUAGACAAGGCUUGCUUCAUAUUGGAGACACCAUAAUGGAGGUGAAUGGCACUCCAGUACAUACUCCCGAACAACUUCAGCUACAACUGAAGAAGGCACGUGGCAGCGUCACCUUCAAGAUUCUGCCCUCCUACCAUGACAGCCUCCCAACAUUCCAGUGCUUUGUGAAGGCCCUGUACUCGUAUGAUCCAUCAAAAGACUCUCUGCUUCCCUGCAAAGAAAUUGGCCUGGCCUUCAAACAGGGUGAUAUCCUGCAAGUGCUCAAUCAGGAAGAUCCCAACUGGUGGCAGGCAAGGCGGGUUUCUCUUUCUGGUCCAGCUGGACUCAUUCCAUCCCAGGAGCUGGAGGAGCGGAGGCGAGCCUUUGUUCGUCCAGAAUUCGACUACGCCACAAAGACAAAAAUGUGUGGAACCAAGAUUACAAAGAAGAAGAGAAAGACCAUGUAUGAAAGCAAGGCUUCUGCUGAGUUUGAGAAGGCGGAGCUGCUCCUGUAUGAAGAAGUUGCCCGUAUGCCUCCAUUUGAGCGCAAAACCCUGGUCCUUGUUGGAGCUCAGGGCGUGGGAAGGCGCUCGCUCAAGAGCAAGCUGAUCAGCUACGACCCUGUUCGUUUUGGAACGCCCCUUCCACAUACCUCACGCCCGAUUCGGGAGACGGAGACCGACGGCAAGGUGUACUACUUUGUGUCACGCGAGGUAAUGGAGGCAGACAUUGCAGACAACAAGUACCUCGAGUGGGGUGAGCAUGGCGGACACCUGUAUGGCACAAAGCUGGACACACUACGUGCCGUCAUCCGCUCAGGCAAGAUGUGCGUCGUGGACUGCAGCCCCCAGUAUCUGAAGGUGCUGAACACGCCCGAGUUCAUGCCGUACGUCGUGUUUGUAGCAGCGCCCCAGGUAGAGCAACUGCGACAGAUGCAUGAGUAUGGUCGUCACCACGGCUAUGGAAGCAGCCGUAAUUUGACGUUUGACAGAGCCAUGAGUCGUCACGGGUCACGGCGAGCUCGAACCUUGGAAAGUCUGGCGUCUCUCCAGGAGGAUGAGGACCUCAAGAAAACUGUGGAAGAUAGUGCCCAACUUCAGCGAGCGUACGAGCGCUACUUUGACUCGGUGCUCGUCAACAAUAACUUUGAAAAGACGUUUGAGCAACUCAAGGAUGUUAUUGAUUCCCUGUCAACUGAACCGCAGUGGGUGCCCAUCUCUUGGGUAUAUUGAACCAUAUCGUUGGGUUGCAUAUUUACUGAUUUCAGAUUCCACAGAUGUCUUGCCAGGCACGUAGCCAGGAUUUUGAUUCGGGGGGGUCAUGCCCAUGACAAAAUGCAGUAUGAGGGGAGGGGGAGAGGAGGCCCCAGCAAAAUGGAAGAUUUUGGGGGAAGGGGGGGGGGGGGGGGGCAUGGGUUCCCCCUGGAUACGUGCCUGUGUCUUGCCUAUGGCCUUGUGGACCAGAAACUCAUUUGUACUUGAUAUGACACACAUGUUGUUUGGCUGUUUAAACAUUAGCAUGCUUCUAUUUUCUACAAGUGCUAUUGCACAAUGUUUAGUGAUGCCAGUAUGAAGAGUAAUAUAAGUUUUUUUUAGAGAGCACACCUUUGACUGUUAAAAAUUUCAGAACUGAGACUUGCUGUCUUUUGGUCUACAGCUGGAAGGAAAAUUAUGAGUAGCUGUGUUGAAAUGUGACUGAUGCAACUUAGAUUUGUUACACAUCUGUCAUUGUGUUUUUAGUUUCAAGGUAGAAGUGCUGAUGCUGGAUACAGCUUUUAGUUUGUUAUUUCUUCAUAUAUUUCAUUGACCUAACUUGAGUUGCCCAUACACCACAAUGCUUUUGCAAAGUUUGUAUAUUGUGUGUGUGACAAGCACUGACUGUUUGCUCACAAUAUCUCAUAGGGACCGGUGAUUCCAGUUGUAUAUUAUGGGUCUAUAUGUUUUGAAUCUCAUAUAAUUGUACAAAUCCUGUAGCUGUGAGUUGAUUGUUACUUUAGCUUUCUUGAGAUAUGCUUGUGUUGUCUCAUUGUCAAAUCUAUGCCAGAGGUAAUGUGUUAAGAAGCAGUUAGUAAAUAUUUUAUCCUGAAAAGGUUUUGCUAAGGUUCAGUAUUUUUUUUUUCUCUCUAUCCUGUGGUGCAGCUUUACUUUUUAAGGGAGUGGAUAACUGGAAAUGUUCAUACUUUGUACACAUAGAUAAUAGAAUUGCUAUAUUAUGUGGAAUCUGCCCCACAGAAUAAAAUUAAAGAGUACUUAGAGGCGCUCUUUCUACAAAAGUUUUUAAAUCAAAACCAUAAUAGUGCCGCAGCUCAAGCACAUAGAAGCGUUGUGACUUUCCAGAAGAGUUUUUAAACAAACAUUGUCGUAGGGCUACAACUUGGGCACAUGAGUAGACAAAACCUGUGCUCUUUUUAAUCCAGAGUUGGUGCACCCAGUAUUUUAAUUGUGUGAACUUGUGCAGAUACCUGGCAGUGUUUUCCUCAUCUGUGUACUUCUUAUGUUUGAAAUCUUGUACUGUGGAAAAAUUGUUUCCUACGUAAAAGGCCAACAUGCCUUCUGUAACAAUUUUUUGGUGACCCUGUUUCAGAGCAGUAAAAAAAAUAUUGUUCUGUCACUAACAGGGGCAUAUCAUGUGCCAAUGGCUCUACUGGGCUUGGCACAUUUGCUCUGACCUCACUAUACAUGAUCCUAUCAUACAGAAAUAGGAACGUUUGAUUCAAUCAAUCUUCAAGACGGCAGCCCUUUGAAUGUAAAUUCUUGUUGUCGACCAGGGAAUGACUGUCCAUAGCAUGCAUAGGAAUACUUAGACUGGGUGCAUGUAUGUAUACAUCCCAACCACCUUGUAAAAACGGUUUUGCUAAGCAUUUAAUUUUAUUGUGGUAUGGAUCACAUUUCACUGUUAGGUGUGGGGAAAACUGAAUCAUGCACUGAAAGAAGUACUAUAUGUAACUCACUGGAGGUUAAUGACGUUCAGAGCACAGAUCAAAUGUUUCGGAGUGUAGAGAUGUAUUGUAACUUUUAUUUUUCUAUACAUGGAUAUAAUCAUUUUGCACAAUCUAUCUGCUUUUGGUGCAGCAGCAACAAUAUAUUAUUUUGAAGUAAGUGCUCAGGUAUGUAGCAGUCGUAUAAUAUUGUACUAAUAAGAGAUGCAUAUUCUUAGAUAUGUCUCAUUUGAUAUGCAAGGAUGUAAACCAAUUUUAGAGAUACAUACUCGAAAAGGUGCUUGAUCUUGAUGUCAAGAAUAGUUCGGUAUAGCAUACAUUACAUCAGCUUGUUAAGUUGAGCUCUGCUGUUGUCACCUCCAUGCCUUGCUGUUAAAACCUUUUUGCACGUUUGUUGACUUGGAUUUAAUGAAAGGUAUCAAGUGUGUGUAAUCAAUUAACAAAUGUUGCUCAUAUCAUUCUCAUAUUGCCUUGCCCAAGCAGUUAUUCAAGUGUCAUCUUGGGCAACAUUCCAAUAUUCAUUAGCAUAUCUGCUGAUAAUGUGCCAUGUCAAUAUUUUGGAAUGACUGAUGCAAAAUUUUUUUGCGGUUUGAUUUGUUAUCAAAAUUGUUUCGAGGCCAUAGCACAAAUCUGUUGCCUUCAAAACUCGGGGCUUUCUCACAAUAUUUGUUAUCCUUGCAUCCCCCCAUAUGCAGCAGAGUUCUGCCGUUAGGACUGUCCUCAUUAAAUAAGUUAUGGCAAACAUGCUUAAAAAAUUGUGAUUUAGUGAAGUGAAAUCGUGUACACAUACCAGGACCAGUUUUAGAAAUAUUGAACCUGAUCUUGCAUUGUGUUCCCAGGUGCACUUUUUAUAGAUAUUGUUUUAAUUUCUUAAGGCUACAUUUUUCUUUGUUGUGCUAGUUCCUUCCAGUGGAGUGUUCGCGGUUUUAGUUAUAGUCCAUCGACGUUUGUUUCCCCACCUUGGAAGUGCUAAAAGAUGAAGCUUCGGAAUUGGUAAAAUCUGCCGGCAGUUUUUGAAGUGGUCGGCAUUCAGUUGGUCGAACGACGUUUUAGCGAACGCCGACUUUUCAUCGAAAGACACUUUAGCGAAUGGUCGCCCGCCGCGAAGCGGUGUUCACGGGUGGGCCAGGAGGGUUAUUAGUUUUGUAAUGAGCCGCCGCAUACUGUCGCCGCAAAGUGGCGUGAACGCAGGCACGGGGGGGAGGAGGAGGAGGAGGGGAGAGAGAGGAGGGAGGGAGUAACGCGUUUUAGUUAUUUACUAAAAUAGAGAUCCGCUCAAAUGACCGCUGUUCGCUAAAACGUCAUUCGCUCAUGUGAUAUGGACUCGAUCUCAUGCAUGAUUUUGCCUAGCAUUCUCGCAUUGUGUGAUCACUUGAGGGUUUAGCAUCCCACAAAAUAGCACUCGAGCGAUAACUCGGAGCACAACUUCUGGCUGAUUGCAAUAUCGGAGGUCGUCCAUUUUUGAUAGCGAUCCUGAGCAGAGAGAGUCCUGAGGCACCUUCACUUGUACACCCCGAUCGCCUCCAGGCCCAUCCGUCCAUAAGAUUUAUAUUCCUUGCUUAUGAAUAAAAUGUUUUGUUACGUUCA